CCUCUCCCCGCCUUCACCUGGACAGCCUCGAUAAUUCUAUCGCUUUGAGUGAAAGUAUAUAUGUGAGAACAGUUGAAGAGCCUCACGCCAAGGUCAAUGAUGACCGAAGGAGCGUGUGCGUAAAGGUCCAGUGCAAUCGGCGGGACGGUCGUAGGCCCUCUCCCACUGUCUCGUUUCAUCCAGUCCACAUAAAGCACAUAACUACGAUGUCUUUCAGAGUUCGACUCGUACGCACCGCCCUCUCGUGCGUCACUACGCGACACGCUCAGACGGCUCAGACUUCCCUCUCCAGCUAUAUAAGGCUCUGGAUACAGCAACACUCCCUCUCAACGUCAACCAGUACACCAACAUGUUCCCCUCGUCGUUCGACCACACCUUCUUCGGCGGCAAGCAGCGUCACUCGGGCCACUCCUACGGGGGAAAGCCCGAUGACUGGGACCUCGCCUUCAUCAUGGACGCCUCUUACUCUCCUAAACCCUACAACUCGUUCAGUGCCGCGUACUACGUCGACGCGGACGGAGAGAUGCACGACCCCGACUACCACCCCUUUGCGCUUCCUCCCACACCACCUAUCAUCAGGCAAACGACGACUGAGGCGUACGAGGAGCAGCUCGACGCAGACCGACGCGUGUGGCUUAGCGGGCGGGCACAGUCCCCUAUUCGAUCAUCCAUCCCGAAGCCGUCGCCGCAGGAAGGCUGGCAGACGCCCGUGACGCGCCCUCGCUCAUCCACGACCUCCACGACCUCCUCAUGCGCCGCAGUGCGCCGCGCACUCCGCCUGCACAGGCCGCACCCGCAGGCGGACUCCCCCCUUUACGACGAAGAAUACUCGCACGACGUCUUUUACGAAGAUUACACAUCAUCGCCGGAGCCUCAGGAAAGUGAGAUCGAUGCCGAAUCAUUAGAUGAGGAAUCGAGCGAGCAGGCGCAUCAAGAAUCCUUCAGCCUCGCCGAGCAUUUGCGACAGAAGAUGCUUGCUGCUCACCUCGGAAUGCAGUUCUCGGUCAUUAGGACUGAACGAAGGCUCAAGGCGAGCUGGGCAAAGACGAAGAAGGUGCAUAUGCAUGCGCAGCAUUGAUACUAUUAUAGCUUUCUAUCCCUUACUCAUUCGCGUGGAUCGGACAUCCUGAUUUGGGACAAAGG